AUGGCUGAGGAAAAAAAGCAGAAACUUUGGGGCGGUAGAUUUACUGGGGAAACGGAUCCAUUGAUGCAUUUGUACAAUGCUUCCCUUCCUUAUGACUACAAAAUGUACAAAGCUGACUUGCAAGGUACCAAGGUAUACACCGCAGGAUUAGAAAAAAUCGGGCUUUUAACUUCUGAUGAACUAUCUAAAAUUCACGAAGGGUUAGAUCAGAUUAACGAAGAAUGGUCUAAGGGCGAAUUUGUCAGGCAUGCCUCAGAUGAGGAUAUUCACACUGCGAACGAGAGACGUCUAGGUGAGAUCAUUGGCCGUGAUAUUGCAGGCAAGGUGCACACGGGAAGAUCACGUAACGAUCAAGUUGCAACCGACAUGAGGCUGUAUUGUCGUGAUAUUCUAAAUGAGAGCAUCUUGCCUUCAUUGGCUAAGUUUAUUGAUGUGCUAAUUGCCAGAGGAAGGGAAGAAAUUGACGUCCUGAUGCCCGGAUACACUCACUUGCAAAGAGCCCAACCAAUUAGAUGGUCUCAUUGGUUGAGCUCAUAUGCCACCUACUUCACAGAAGACUAUAAGAGACUUCAACAAAUCGUCGAGAGACUCAACAAGUCACCUCUUGGUGCAGGUGCUUUAGCUGGCCAUCCCUAUGGAAUUGAUAGAGAGUUCCUGGCCGAAGGUUUAGGUUUCCAAGGUGUUAUAGGUAAUUCUUUGGCUGCCGUUUCUGACAGGGAUUUUGUAGUAGAAAUCAUGUUCUGGGGUUCCCUUUUCAUGAAUCAUAUCUCCCGAUUUGCCGAAGAUUUGAUUAUAUACUCGACUGCAGAGUUUGGAUUUGUUAAGCUGUCUGAUGCCUAUUCAACCGGUUCAUCGCUCAUGCCGCAAAAAAAGAACCCCGAUUCCCUCGAGCUUUUAAGAGGCAAAUCGGGAAGAGUAUUCGGUCAACUAAGUGGAUUUUUGAUGAGCAUCAAAUCUAUUCCAUCAACCUAUAACAAGGACAUGCAGGAAGACAAAGAACCGUUGUUUGAUUGUUUAACUACCGUUGAGCAUUCUACUUUGAUUGCAACUGGUGUCGUGUCUACUUUAAGUAUUGUCAGGGAAAAAAUGGAAGGGGCUUUGACGAUGGACAUGCUUGCUACUGAUCUUGCUGACUACUUGGUUAGAAAAGGUGUUCCUUUUAGAGAGACACAUCACAUUUCUGGUGAAUGUGUCGCCUUGGCGGAGAAAACCGGUUUGUCAGGUAUUGACAAGUUAAGCCUAGAACAGUAUAAAGCAAUCGAUUCUAGAUUUGGUGCUGAUGUCUUCGAAAUUUUCAACUUUGAGCAAAGUGUUGAAAGAAGGGACGCAACUGGUGGCACGGCUAAAAGUGCAGUCCUCAAGCAGUUAUCGGCUCUAGAAGCCCAAUUAUAA